AUGUCAUCAAUUGCUCGCCCUCCAGAUCCCUGCUUGGUGGCAAUAAUCCUGAUCGUCCGCUCCCGCGCCGGCCCACGUUUUGUGUUCCACUACCCCCCGAACCCUCUCAGCGAGAACGGCCUACCAACCCCGCAUACGCAGAAAGGCCGACGCAUCUCACGUAGCAAAAGCGGGCAGGGGAAGAGCACGGAUUCCAGCUCCAGUGACUCGAGCUCGUCGACCUCGGACGAAGAUGAGGAGGAACCGCACCAUCUGGCUGGUAGCACGACGAUGUCGUCGUCGCUGAUGCCGGCGAGACGGAUGAGUAGCUUUGGCAUCGAUGACCAUGUGUCUGCGUCUGCGUCGCCGGUUGGGGAGUCGUCAGCUCACCGUCCUGGUUCUUUGAGCUCUGGGCGGGGUUUGAUGCGGAAGCGCGGCCCGGCUUCUGAUGUGGAUGAUGACGCGGGUGCUGCGUCGGAUAGGCAGGAGGAUGCGGGGUCUGGAGGCCCGUACCGUCCUCCGUGGGAAUCGCUCUUGGGGCUUCCUGCGGAUGUGUGGGAGAAGUUGUUGAGUCCGUCGCGGUCGUGGCAUAAACGGCGGUUUGAGGUGGGGAUUAAUGAUUUGGCCUUUGUUGGGUGGCCGGUGUUUGUCCGUGAAGAUGGCACAUGGAGGAAACAGAGACGAAAGAAAAAGAAGAAGCCUCGGGCGGAGUGGGAUGGAGGGGAGUUGGGACAUAACGAGCAUGCAGAGGAUGGUCGAGAUGGGGAUGGGGAUGGGGAUGAUCUAAUGGCAGAUUCGACUGAUACCCUGAGUCCGAAGCAAUUGUCUGCCUCGGAUGCGAAGCGUGCGUCACUGACUAGCAGUCUGCAGAAUGGGAGGGCGCAAAGUGAACCGCUUGAUGAGGAUGAUGAUAAAGAUUCCAUGACCAUGUUUAAUGUUGUCUUUGUGGUGGAUCCGCCAUUGUUGGAAUACUCGAUGCGGAUUCGGGAUAUCUACGACAAUAUCAUCAAGAAGUUUGCCAAAGCCUUGAAAUGGGAGCAGGCUCGUACGGAUUACGUGUGGAGGGAAGCAUUGCACAUCUCGCAUAUGAAAGAGAAAGCUAAAGAAAAAAGAACCUCUGUCAACACCCUUUACGCGGAGUUGAUAUCGCAGUCGUCACUUGCUCGAGCUAUCUAUACGGUCUUUACCAGUAUAUCGGCUUCGAAGAUUGCAUCCGUCUCACUAAGUCAAGAUGUGUCUAUUUCGCUUCAGAUCCCUCCUCUCACUUCAACGCCCUACCUUGCCGGACCAACUGAUAAAGCAUACCCCGGGCUUUGGCUCACUACGGCAGAUAGCGUUACUCCUGUUGAUGACCCGGCGGUUGAUGAUAACGUCGCGCCCCAUCAAGUGCUAGCGAAGCACUUUGCCCUUCUAUUACUAGACAAUGAAGCGACGAUUAUCAAAGACGUUGAAGCGUCUGGUGGUGCCCUGGCUCCGGCGCUGGCUCAUUAUCUUCGAUGCUCUAAACCAACCAAGUCUUUUGCUCAAAUAUCUGCCGCAUCAGGCAUUCCGCUCUCGACGAUCCAGAUGCUGGCUAGCCAUCUCGUGUACUGGAGACGUGCGCGUGCUAUACCCCCUCUCCACCAGCGCGACACAUACAUCGUAUCUCCGAACUGCGAUCUGAGCAAGCUGGGUGUCGCUACUGCUGCUUACCAACUAGCAUUCCCCACGCUACCGAGCUUACCAAAGAUGUUAUCUGCGAUGAGUGGAAGCCCACGACCUUAUGGAAGUUUCAUCCCCAGCAAAGACCAUAAAGAGACAUACUUUGCGAUACUGGCAUGGUUGUUACGAGGAGGAUGGGUUACUCAACUUCGUGCAUUUGCGAGAGUCAAAGUCACGCCAGAGAUCAAGAUGGCGGUGGAGAUGGCCCUCCGCAGAGAAGAGGUAGACAAGUACCUGGCUAAAGGUGUAUCGACGACAAUCUCCACAGUGGAGGAGAAUGAAGACAGCGACGGUGACGACGCCAGCUCAUCGUCGUCAUCGUCCCUUGCAAGCCAGGGAAGCGGUGAAGAAACUCCAAUGCCAGGCCGAUACAACAUGGCCGGGGAGAUGCACCUCUCGCGUUCCUUGCUGGACCGCAACACGUCCCUGAAAACGGCGUCGCUCAUCCUGUCGCCUCAUCGCGCCUCACCCCUCGAGUCUCGAUGGUUGGAUGAGAUUGUCGCACGGUUCCCCGAGUACCCAGGCUUAGAUCAGAGUCUGGGAGACGCACCAAGUUCUGACGGGGCUGGAGACCUUGAAGUUGCGGGACUCGGAACGUCACUCAGGAAGUAUUGGCCUACGUUUAUCAAAUAUUUCAAUGGAUGCGACGCCCUCGAAAAGAUCUCCGUUCGGGAAGGGCUGAAGCGCAAGUUGGUCUGGCAGAUAGUCACACGGCUAGGGUUGGUGACAGGACAGCAGUCCUCGAUAGAAUUGGACCCACGAGAACAAGUCCUGGUCAGUGUCAGACACUGGUGA